CUAUCAAUAUAUAUAUAUAUAUAGAGAGAGAGAAAGAGAUCUUAGUUGGGUCGAUAAAGGUGCAAAACUUAUAAACUGUAUCAUUAGGAACAAGACCAACACCUCGGCCCCUUUUACUCCCUUUCAUCCACUAAGUAAUCUUCUGUGUCAAUUUCAUUAAAUCCUAACUUGUCUUCCCAUUCUAAACACAUAUCUACAAUGGAACCAUCAUUUGACACACUUUUCAACCAAAUUCUCGAAGCUGAACAAAUUGCAGAGAAAAUAAGGAACGAUUCUCGAAAAGAAAUAGAGAUGUAUGAGAAGCUGAUCAACGAGCAGCACCAGGAAAAUUCUUUACUUGAACUCAAAAUAUCUCAAAUGCAAGAGCAGCUGCAGGAAGAGACAUUAGAGUCGAAAUGCUGCCAGAUUAGAACUGACACUUUGAAUAAACAGAAAAAAGAUCUGCAAGAGAGAUACGAGACCUACACAAAAAUACUGAACAACACCAAACAACAGUGGCGCCAGGAGUUUGUGGAGUUCUGUAAUGAGGUGCCAAUCUUCCUCAAUACACAUGGCCUGAUGGCUUCUACCAGGAAAAAUGGUAACGUUGCCAUCAAGAGAGAAAUGGAGAAACUUCUUGAAGAAGAAAAACUUUUGAAAACCAAAUUGAAGAAUUAUGAAGAUAUUUCAGAGAAGUUGAAGGAUUUAAAUAACCAAUACCAACAGCACCAACAUCAACUUGAAGAACAAGACAAAGCAUUUGAUGAGCUGAAGCGGGAGAAGGAGAUGUACACUGACAAGUUACAGAAGUUAACUAAAGAAAAACGUGAAGUUGACUGCAAACCCAAAACCGAUCCCUACUUCCUUGGACUACAUAGUGAGACUGUGAAUCAACAGAGGGAGUAUGACCACUUGAGGAAACAGUGGGAGCAGAAAAUCUUGCAGUUGAAGCAUCUUCAACAAAAACACAGCAAAAACAAGUCUAAAUUAGCCAAACCUACAUUAAAAUGAAUGCAGUGCUCCAGCAAAUUACUGAAACAAGUAA